ACGAAGUAUAUUGGUCUCAAUUUCCAAAUAUAGUAGCCUAAUAGCCCAAUGUCCAAAGCAAUUAAACUCAAUUACCAUGAUCUCCCUCUCUGUCCAUAUUUAUCACCGUUUUCUUCCUACAAUCGAAUUUCCGACUUUUUCGUUAAUCUCUCGCACCACCAGCGCCACCGCGAUCAGUGCAGGAACCAACAAUGAUUCGUUGGUCCUUCCACUGGUCUGGUGGUUCUGGAGUUGACGAUGAUCGCUGAAUUAGGGUUUAUCAGAUGCUCCGUUUUACUGGUUGAUUUCAAGGAUCAUUUUUGAGGACUACAUACCUCUUAAAAGUGCUUGAUCUUCAAAAUUCUCUUAUAAAUCACAUCUCAGAAGCUACAGGAAGUCUACGUCACCUGCAGUAUCGGAGUCUGAAGUGGACCAAGGUAGAGAAGCUGCCAAAAUCCAUUGGCAAACUUGGGAACCUCCAAAGUUUGGAUCUUAAACAUUCCAUCAUACAAUAGCUACCAGGCUACCAGCUGAGAUAGGUAGUUUAUCUUAUUUAAGACAUUCUUAAGCCAUAUUCUUACCAUUAGGAUGAUACUUUCAGUUUGUAUGUGGGAAAUGCGAGAGCUGCAAAGGUACCUGCUGCAGUUUUCCAAAAUUCCCAAGAAUUGCAGAAUUUGGGAUGAAUGGACGUGUGUAACAUGAGUCGUUCAGUUGGUUUUAUGGAUCAGUUGGGGAUUUGAAGCAGUUGAGAGAAGAUGGGAGGAACAUGUGUAAUGCAAUUAAGAACAUGAACCACCUUGAAUAUUCAUGAUUGCUUCUAGAUACAAGGACGAGGUGCUUGAGAUAGACUGUAUGUAUCCUCCUCCUAUGCUUUGCUGCCUAUUCUUGAUGAAAUGACUAGAGAAGCUGCCUGAUGGAUUUUAAUGCUUGAAAAGUUGUCAAAUUGAUGUUAUGUCACUCAAGUUUGAAUGGCCAUCCACUUGAACUUGUGGGAGCAUUGCCAGAUCUGAUGAAGCUUAUAAUUUCUUAGGCAUAGGAUGGUGAACAACUACAUAUUAGUGCAAGAAGGUUUCAAAAACAUAAGGUGCUACACCUUUACAAUCUCUACAAUCUAAAAUCACUGAAUAUAGUGCCCGGGGCUCUGCCUGUAUUGGAAGAGCUGGAACUUGGACCGAGCCUACUGCUGAAGGAGGUGCCAGUCAGCAUUAAAAAUCUUAAGUAUUUAACUCUGCUGAGGUUCCAUGAUAUGCCCAAGGAAUAUUUGGAUGACUUGUCUCCAAGCAUGGGCCAGCAUUAUCACAUCAUUUAUCACGUGCCAAAUGUAUAUAUUCAUUUUAUGGCUGGUGCAGGCCUCUGGGAAACCUCUUCUUUAAGACAUCCAUGAUACAAAGAAGGUGUCUACAACUAGUGCAAAACAGGAGCCAUGUAUCAGAGAUGCAUACAUGGUUCUGCUUGGGCUACAACUGGUGCUCCAAUGUGAUCGUCUGGUGUUACUGGAAAGUGAUUCAGGCGAAUUAAUGCAUUGGUUGUGGUUGAGGAUAGAUGUACAGGGAACAUUAUUUGGGAGACUGCUUCAAGUACCACUGUCAAACAAUCCAGUACCUUUCACUCUCAUCCUUGGGAGAGCACGUCUUGAAAUUGCAAUAAAGGUACGUUUCACUAUAUUUCUAAGCUCACGUCCAGUCUGUUCUAAAUUCUCUACUGCUCAACAUAGCUAAACUCUUCAUGCUGGUUGCAUCAUCAGUCGGAUAGUCCAUAUGUGUGAAUUUGUGAUUUUCAUGAGGCUCCUUAUCCAACAUCCCUCUGUCAUAUGUAAUUGCAAAUUGUGGUGCUCCUAUAUCUCUGGCCCUUAUUUAUCUUGGGGGCAAUUUACCAAAAUGCAAACUACAAGUAGAUAUAUUCUGAUCCUGAGAAUUCCUGAAUCCUGAUAGGUUUAUAUGCAAGUCUCUUGAAACAAUCCAAUCUUCUUUAUUCAUGGUGUAAUAUUUUUAAUUUUUGUGCAUUUUCCCUUUGAAAACUGAAAUUAGACGUAAGAUAUGCCAGAUAUUGUAACAAUUAAAAUCAUAGAUACCUUUUGUUUUUCUUCUGGCGCUAUAUAAGAAAUAUUAUGUAAGUAUCUGGAAACAAGAGGUCUCAGAAUUUAUAAGAAAUUUAUGAUAGAUUGAAUGCUAAAUUUGGUGCCACGUACUCCAUAUGACUAAGCUUAAUGGUUAAUAUUAAUAGGUCAAUGAUUCGUCAAGAAUGCUUUUUUUUUUUCUUGGUUGAACAGAUCUUGUCAAACUUGUAUCCAUAGUUUGAGUUAAUUAUUAUUGUUUAGGGAAUAUUGUUGUGCCAAGCAUUUACUUAAUAGUAUUUAAUUGCAUAAUUUAAUAAUAUAGUUGAUAAAAUUUCUAGUUAGAUUAGAGUUGUAUAUGGUCGUGCCAAGCAUGUACAAUAAUUGGACAUGCAGAAGUUAGCCCCACAAGAAGGUGAGCACGUUUGUACCUAUUGAAAUGUAAAUAUAAUCCAUCAAUUACAAAGCUAAUAAAUCACAGUUAAAAAACAGACAAAAAUCACAGCAACUAACAGCAAUAAGUUUUAAAUGGGAGAAUUAAGCGUAGCCCAGCUUCCUUUUACUUCAGACUCAACAAUUAGUGCUUCUGUCAGCAUUAACAAUGUCUUGAAUGAUAGCUUCUUAGUCGAGAUUCUUCAAAGGCUUCCAAGCAUCUCUGUCCUUCGUGCAAAAUCCGUCUGCAAACACUGGUUUUCUCUCCUCUCUGAUCCUUGUUUUCUCAGGAGCUUUGUCCGGUACCAUGACCGUCACGCGUUACCCUUCACCCUUGUCUAUGAGUUUCAUUUCUGGCAUCGCUGUCUCAGCGAUCACCUUCAUCACAACUUCCAUAUGGUCUCGGAGCACAAAAAAUUUCAGUUGCAAGGAUUUCACCUGGGUUUCCUCCCUUGCUUCCGACCUUGGGAAUCACACCCCAUUUGGAUGGUGGCCUGCCACAAAGACCUGUUAGUUUGCUGUCACCUUAAAAUGUCUUUAUUGCAAGGUGUAUACUACAUCUGCAAUCCAUUAACCAAGCAGUGGCUCAACCUUCCACCUUCCCCAGGUCAUCAUAGAGUAGCAGAUACUGCUAUUGGCUUCAUUACUUCUGAGAAAUCUGUUUCUUUAAAUAGCUUCAAGCUGGUCCAAGUCCCUAAACUAGACUCGUGUUUUAGUAAUGGUAACUGCUUUGAGGUGAACGUGUUUUCCUCUGAGGUGGGUGAGUGGAGAAACUUUAAGAUAACUUCUCCACAGAGUUUCACGAGGACUUGGCAGUUCAGGCCUGAGUCAAUUACUGUCAAGAACAAGUUUCAUUGGCUGGUGAACAGCUCAAACAUUGUCGUGGUUGACCCAUUUGAAUUAGCUGAGGGAUCAUGCCGAGUCAUUGAGCUGCCAUCUGAGUUGAAUCCUGACAUAGGAAUUUGCUUAGGAUCCUGUCAGGAUUAUCUCAGAGUUUGCCAAAUUUCUAGAGGGUGGUCAAAUUGUCUGUUAGUAGUUUGGAAACUCCUAGAUUAUGUUACCGGAAACUGGGACUUGGAAUACGAGAUCAGUCUUAAAGAGAUGGCAUUUUUUGAGAAUGUAUGUCUGCAUAAGUUUGGAUUUUCGACAAUGGAGGCACUGGCUUUCCAUCCGGUUGACUUUGGGAUUUUGUACUUGAGAUUCAAUAAUCAGAUAGUGAUGUGUGAUGUAGGAAAAAGAACACUGGAAGUGGUCAGUGAGUGCUUGCAAGACUCGAGUUUCUCUGUAGGAACAUGUGGUGUCUUUCUGCUUAUGCAUCCAUGUUGGCCAUCGCUUAUCCCUUCAUCAUUUCCCCUGUCUUGAAUUUGCAUAGUACUUUAAUGAGCUCUUAGUCGAAAGAAUUUUGAAAUCUGAAUUUUGUUGUAGAGUAAGAUCUCAUGGAGAUCUUGGAUGUGUGCUGCUCUGUUUAGCACUUAAGUAUUUUUACUCUUAUAUUUGGUGUAAUAAUUUGAAUAUUGGGAAUCAAGUUUAGCUGUUAAAGUUUGUGCUAGCUAUUCUUUAAACUCGUGAUGGAUGUCAUUGACAAUUCAUAAUUAAUGCAAAAUCUAGUUUUUUUU